AUGUCUACUAGAAGAAACCCAAAUAUUUUAAUCACAGGUACACCAGGUACAGGCAAGACAACAUUAGCCGAAUCGAUUGCACAAACAUUUGGUUAUAAACAUAUAGAUGUAUCAUCAUUGGUCAAAGAAAAGGACUUGCAUGAUGGUUUUGAUGAAGAGUUUCAAUGUUGGGUUCUAGAUGAAGACAAGGUUUGCGAUGAAAUGGAGGAUCAAAUGACCAACGGAGGUGUUGUCGUCGAUCAUCAUAGUUGCGAAUGGUUCCCUGAACGUUGGUUUGAUUUAGUCAUUGUAUUGAGAACUGAUACUAAGGAAUUGACUGAUAGAAUGAUCAAGAGAAAAUAUAAUCAAUUAAAGAUUGAUAAUAAUAUAGAUUGUGAGAUUAUGCAAUUAAUCUUACAAGAAGCAUUUUCAUCAUAUAAAGAGGAAAUCAUUAUGGAAUUACAAUCUUCAACGAUCGAAGACAAUGAAAAUAACCAACAAAUAAUUUCAGAUUGGACUAAACAAUUUGUUCAAUCAAGACAACAACAAUAA